CUAAACAUAUUAGUUGUUUUUGUACAAUUGUACAUUGUACAGCCCUUAGGUGUAUUGGAGUAAAAGUAUAAAGUCUCCCAAAAUGAAAAGUGACAAUAAGUUACAUCAAAACUGUUAAAGUGUAGCUGAGUAAAUGUAGUUUGUUACUUUCCACCCCUGGAUAGUAGUAUUGCUCAGUUAGCUAUUUAAAAUUUUCCAUGUGCAAAUUUGGUAUGAAGGAAUUUACAUUCCUACAAACCCAUCAUUGGGUUUCCAUAUAAAAGACCUCAUUAGGACACACUAAAUGUAAACUGUGUACACAAUUCAAAGCAACCUUAAAAACAGGGGAACUAGACCACAAAAACUCCAGAGUUAAUUGCCAGUUGGUUGCCCAUCUGUUAGAGUUAAUGACAGAUAGGCAACAUACAGUAACAUUAAGAAAAAUAAUAUUUGAUAGAACAUCUUCUCUUCAUUACUUAGGUUACUUUUUCCAACAUUAUACAUCCUUACUUCCUCACAUUUACUUCUGUUUUUCCUACUAGGAUGUGUACAGGUCUUGAAGCUCUUAAUAUUUGUUUUAAAAGUUAUUCCAUUCCAUACUUUGCUGUUUUAUCUAGUUACAAAUGGGCAAGUAUAACAUAUCUUAAGUUGCUUAAGUUUAAGUAACACUAAUGACAGAGAGCGCUGUCCUAUGGCAAGCAACCAAGGAACUAGACAUUAACUGUAUUCAUCUUAACACAAUGAACUUGCAGUAAUGGAUUCGGAGGAGAAUGAGGUGGAGAGCAGCAGUGAUGCAGGUCCCUCAGGAAUGGAGGAGCCGUCUGAAAGCGGCAUGGGUAUGGAGUCAUCGGAGGCCAUGUCUGCAGACAGCAGUGAUGCUGCUGCCUCUCAUGCACAGGCCCCAGAGUCUGACUGCCAUGUGGGACAGAGCUCAGAGGGACUUGUGGUGUUCAUCCCAGAAACCAGCUCCAGUACAGAUGCAAGAGUUUCAUCAGUCCACCUCCCAGACUCCUCCUCAGUGGCCCAGUCCACCAGCGUGUCCAGCGUCUCAACAGUGACUCAGUCAGUGCUGGUGUCUGAGUCAGCUCAAGUGCUGGUCCACUCCAGUGCUGUGUCUGAAGGAGCCAUGAUGGUUUCUGACUCAACAGCUUCUACCUCGUCAGACCUGGGGUCUGCCAUUGACAAGAUCAUAGAGUCCACCAUCGGCCCUGACAUCAUGAAUGGUUGCAUAGCUGUGACCAGUGCAGAAGAUGGAGGUGCAGAAACAACCCAGUAUCUGAUAUUACAAGGACCAGAUGAUGGUGCUCCUAUGGUAGCCCAGAUGUCAUCUUCGGCCCUCUCUGAUCGUAUAGCCAUAGAAGCUCUUGCAGAAGGCCCCACGUCCACCUGCCUAGACCAGGGAGAUCUGCAGGCCAACCUUGAACCUGACCAGCCCGACGAUCAGCCUGGUCACUCGGGUUACCCAGAGGACAGCAGCAGUCAGCCUGAUCAGCCCCAGCAUUCCCACCCCUCCCAGUACAUGGACUGCAGUGCAGAUGGUCCAGACCAGACAGGGGCGUUUUCAUCUUCCUAUGUGGAGUGUUCAGGCGAGGAACCUGACCAGACACGCUCCCAGUCAGGUUUCCCUGACUACAGCGGGGACAACAGUGACCAGGACCUGCCUGGUUACGUGGAAUGCAGUGGGGCUGACUCAAACCCUACCAGCCGAGGUCAUUACGUGGUGGAGUGCAGCGCUGGGUAUCUGGAGUGUGCGGUGGACGAUGGAGAGCAACCACAUCAUUCACGCAGUUACAUUGACAGUAGUGCAGACCACCGGACCCAGACAAGUCGGGGGUAUGAGGCUGAGUAUGGAGGGGAGUGUGUUGCAGCUGCAGACUCUGAGCAACCAGGUUGUUCUCGGUAUCAGGCAAGGGACGAUGAUGAAGAUGAUGAGCAGAACCAGGAUCCAGAUCAGCCGCAGCACUCCCAACAGCAGCCCCAGCACUCCUGUUACAUGGAAAGUAGCAAUGGCCCAGAAGCCUCUCUCUAUGCCGAUGACAGCUCCUCAUCAGACCACCUUCUGGCAGACACGGCAGGUUCAGGCGGGCUUCCUGAGGCAUUGGAGUGCAGCGAGAGCCAGCCUGGGCCCUACAUCAGCAGCAGUGGGACAUAUACCUCUAAUCCAGAGCUUGAGCUGGCCCAACAGUGCUCACCCAGCCAAGAGGAUCCCCAAGGCUCCCAGGGCCCUCAGGAUGAAGCUGGGCUGGUCAGGGAGAUGGAGACAUCAACAGUGGCAGAAGGCUCCGGAGACAGACCACCAAACCUAGCAGAGUUGGAGGAGAUGAUGGAAGUAGUGAUUGUACAGCAGUUCAAGUGUAAGAUGUGUCCAUACAAGAGUGCCUCCAAAGACACACUCAUUAACCACAUGAGAGACAAACACUUCAAACCUGCAGGGGACAUGUCAAAGAAGCGUAAACGUGGACGGCCUCCUAAAAGUGAGACGUUAGCCCGCCGCCAGGCAGAGAGGGAGGAAGCUGAAGAGAAGAAGGCAGCAAAGGUGAAGGCUGCUGAGUCCCAACAAGCAGAAGAAGAGGAGGAUGAUAUUGUAGAUGCUGGUGCUAUUGAUGAUCCUGAAGAGGAUAGUGAUUACAACCCAGCAGAAGAGGACGGCAAUGGAAGACCACCUGCCAUUCUGAAGAGGCCCGCUCCUCCUAUCUCUUCAUCCUCUCAAGGGCGUCCUCGACGUAAGGUUGGCCGUCCGAGGAAGUACAGCCUUUUAGAAGAAGGCUACAGCGGCAAAGAAGGAGAGAGUAUUGCUAAGAAGCCCAGUGUUAGUGCGGAUGCUAGUGCACCUGAAGAGGCAAGCUCUUCUGGGUUAAACAAUGGUCCUGCUAUGGUGACGGAUGGAGACACAGCCGAGGCAGCAAUAAGCCAAUCAGAUUCUGAGAACAAAGACCCGUCAUCCAACACACAGCCAGAGGAGGAGUUCUUCUCGAGGAAACGCGGCCGACCUUCCAAGCGCUUCCUGCGUAAGAAGUAUAAGAAGUAUAUAAAUCGAAAUCGGUACUAUAAAUCCCUCAAACCGCUCCUGAGACCUCACAACUGCUGGAUCUGUGGCUCACGCUUCCUCACUCAAGAAGAUUUGCGCUUCCAUGUGGACUCUCAUGAAGGCAACGACCCAGAGCUCUUUAAGUGCCUCCAGUGCAACUAUCGCUGCAAGCGCUGGUCCUCACUCAAGGAACACAUGUUCAAUCAUGAGGGUACCAAGCCAUUCAAGUGUGAGGAGUGUGAUUACACAAGUGUCUACAGGAAAGAUGUAAUUCGACACUCAGCAGUCCACAACAAAGAGAAAAAAAGAAAGACUGAGUUGGCACCAAAGGUGUCAGAGUUCCUCUGCCCUGUAUGUCACAGGGUUUACCCCAUGCAAAAGAGACUGACCCAGCACAUGAAGACCCACAGCUCAGAGAAACCACACAUGUGUGAUAAGUGUGGCAAAUCCUUCAAGAAACGGUACACUUUCAAAAUGCACCUACUGACCCACAUCCAGAGUCUUGGAGACAGCAAGUUCAAGUGUGAAUUUUGCGAUUACACUUGUGAAAACAAGAAGCUGCUGCUCAACCAUCAACUGUCCCAUACCAACGACCGGCCCUUCAAGUGUGACUACUGUAAAUACUCCACUUCUAAAGAGGAGUUCCUGGUCUCCCAUCUGGCCAUCAAACACACAGGAGAGAAGCCUUUCUCCUGUGAUAUGUGUCACUUCAUGACCAAGCACAGGAAGAACUUGCGUCUACAUGUUCAGUGUCGCCACCCUGAGGCGUUUGAGGAGUGGUCUGUGGCUCACCCUGAGGAGCCUGUCAGAAGGCGACGCAGACCUUUCUUUACCCUGCAGCAGAUAGAGGAGCUCAAACAACAACAUGACGACACACAGGGGUUGCAGGACACUAUUGUUGCAGUGGAUUCUGCGACACUACAAGCCAUGCAGGGCAUGGAAAAUGCCUCAGUGUCCCAGGACGCAUUGGGAAACACCACCAUCAUCUACGAACAAUCUGAAUCCAGUGAUCUAUCCGCCCAGAAUGCCCUUGACCUGCUGCUUAAUAUGAGCAAUGCCCGGGAAUUGGUUGGAAACGCCUUACAGGUGGCAGUGCUAAAGUCAGAAGGCAAAGCUUUGGAAAAGGGCACGUGGAGUACAGUGACCACAGCACCGGGUCAGGCCCAAAAGGUUGUGACCUUUCACGUGUCUGAGACCGGUGAGACGGUGCUACAAGAGGCGUACGAGGCAGCCACCUCUGAAGCAGGGGAGCUCACCCAGAUCGCCAUCGAAGCCUACGAGGGCGGAGGGGACUUCAGUGUGGUGGAACAGGCCGCUGAAGAGAAUCAAAGCCCUGCGUACAGUAAUGGUGAGAGCAGUCCUUCUGAGGCUGUAGAAGUCUCUGGGUCAGAGAGCCUGAAAAGUGACAAGUACUACCUUACUUCAGCACUGCCUGAUGGUGUUUUGCAACAGGUUGAGCUGAGCAGUGAAGCUCCAGCCUCUCCGUCUGCUGUGAGCUCUCCCAGUUUGAGUACCAAGAGGUUUUCCUGCAGAAUAUGCAUGGAGUCUUUCCACGGACGCUCUGACAUGGAGAACCACAAGAGGGCGCACUUGGAUCCCAACACCUUCAAAUGUCCUGAUUGUGACUUCACAUCCACCUCCUGGCCCGAUGUCAAGGUUCACAUGGGGCAGCAUUCCUAUCUACGCCCUCACAAGUGUCCAAACUGUAGCUUUGCCUCCAAAAACAAGAAAGACCUGCGCCGACACAUGAUGACACACACCAAUGAGAAACCGUUUUCUUGUAAACUUUGUGGACAAAGGUUUAACCGUAAUGGCCAUCUGAAGUUUCACAUGGAGCGUCUCCACAGUCAGGAUAAUGCCACUCGCAAGGGCCGUACCGCCACAUCUCAGCAAACCAUCAUAGUCAACAGUGAUGAGGAGGCCCUGGCCACACUACAGUCCCUGCAGGCACAUCAGACAGUGAUCACUCCUGAGCGGUUGCAGGCCCUGGGACAGGAGCACAUUAUUGUAGCACAAGAACAGGCACUAUCAGACCAGGAGGAGGGCACAUACAUCCAGCAGAUAACCACCAUAGAUGGACAGACAGUUCAGCACCUGAUGACAGGAGACAACCAGGUCACUGAGGUUCAGUAUAUCAUCUCACAGGAUGGAGUGCAGCACUUGAUCCCUCAGGAGUAUGUAGUUGUAGCUGAUGGCAAUCACAUACAGAUGCCAGAUGGACAGAUCAUCCAGUAUGAGCAUGACGGGGCCUUUCUACAGGAGCAACAGAUUGCUGUAAGUCAUGAUGGUCAGAUCCAGUACCUACCCGUGAGUUCGGAGCAACAGAUAGUGAAUCCUGAAGAUCUGGAGGCUGCUGCCCACUCUGCUGUCACAGCCGUAGCAGACGCAGCCAUGGCGCAGACCCAAACAGUCUACACUGAAGCUACACCUGAACAGCUGGAGCAGCUGCAGCAGCAAGGCAUCCACUAUGACGUCAUUACCUUCACAGACGAAUAGACGCCUUUUUAAACCUACCGGGCGACAAACCUGCUCAGAGCAGGACCAACACGAACCACUAUGAGCUGACAAGUACAGUGACCUCAACUUAUUUAUGCAUUCAGCUGGCUGUGAACUAAAGCAUUAUCUCCUCCACAGAAUCAUCUGCUCGGGGGCAGUUGCACUGUUUAGUAAGAUAAACAGCUUUUUGUAAAUUCAAAUUAUUGCACCCAUUGCUUCUAACUUAAUCAUAGGGGCUGUGCAUUUAAGAGUUAAUUUAAGCAAGGUUGUAAUUAUUAAAAACGAUUUGUGUUUACAUGCCUCAAUUGCUUCCAUUUGCAAGACAAUGUUAUCAAAGAAAAUCAAAUGGCUUAUAUCAUGUUUUAGAAAAUAUACCGAGCGUCCAAAUGAACAUUUUAGUUUUUGAAUAGAGUGAAAUCAAAAGGGAGUGUUUAAUUUUGAUCUGUAAUAAGAUAUGUUAAUUGUUAGAAUGCCACAACAUUGGUGUUUACUGAAUAUUAAUAUGUACAUAUCUUUUGCAUUUGUCUUCUGUUGAUUUGGUGAAAAUGAAAAGUUUAAUAAGCUGAAAGCUGACACCAAAUAAAUCACUUUGUGUAUA